AUGGAAUCACAUACCUUCAUUCAUCUCUCAACCAUCCUCCAGUCCCAGGAUCUAACAGGGUUCGCGCUAGCAUCACUAGUGGCCUCUUGGGUCUACGAUUGUUUCCUAACCUUGGACCAGGAGGAUACUGAAGCGAACUAUUUCCCGAAUGAAAAAUUUGUGUCAGCGUGGUAUUUCCCGCUUCAAGUUCGUCCCCCAGGUACUGUUGCAUUGUGCAUGGCUGGUGCAGAAGGUAUCUUCAUCCUUCGUACCUAUGCAUUAUGGGGGACAAAAGAAAUCCAUUCUGGGCCUUAUGUUAACAACGGUACUGUGCCUGGGGAUCUUGAACGUGGUAAUAACACUGAAGUUUUGGAACCAGUCGAAAUGUCGAUGACAGUCCAACUAUCAGACAUAGGUGGCGGUUGCUACUCAUUAUACCACGACACGAAGGCUGCAUAUAAUUGGUCACUUAUGGCAGCAUUCGAGCUUGAGGUCAUGGUACUCACCAUUAUUCGUGUAUAUUGGGCAUACCGCGAACGAAGGUAUCUGCUGCUCGAUAUCCUUGUACAACACAACAUUUUUUACUUCGGAAUUGGGCUAAGCUAG